AUGGGAGAAGCCGGGUCCCAGACGGCCACCGUUGCUGCUGCCGUCAGCCCGAAACACCUCGCGAUCGAUCCUGAGGUCGGCCUGAGAGAGCCGAGAUGCGACUCGACGUCCGAGUCGUUCCCCAACCCCGGCUCAACAUUGGCUGAUGGGGGGGUGGAUGCUAAACUUGUCAUGGAUGUGGUCGCCCGGAUGGAAGACACGGAACCGUUCAGGUGAGC